UGCAGGCCGCCAGCCACCAGCACAGUCCUGGGCCUGAUGCCAGUUCAGCCAGCGGCCGGUGUGCUGUGCUGCGCUGCGGUGAGUUUGCAGGGAUCCUUACUUCCGAAGGGCCUCCUUGAGUCACCCGCUGAGUUAUCGUGACCGCCACCCAGAGGAAAUCAUACACAGGGUGGGGCACGUUCCCGGGCGCUGCAGUGUCACCCUGUCUCGCUUCAGAAGUGAGUGCCGGGAGGCAGCUGCGCUGAUUUUCCAGGCCGGACUCCACGCCUCUGCUUCUGGAGCUGCCGUACUAUACUGCCUGGGGAUUGGGACAGCAGUCACACUCGGACCUCCUCUGGGACCCCUUCCAAAAGGGUGCUCCGAGCCAUGGAGGGCACAGAGCUGGCCGGGAAGGUCCUUUACACUUGGCUGACGUUGGUGCUCGUUUUAAUCCUCUUGCCUUCGGCCUUCGGGGUGUCUUUGGGCAUCUCCGAGAUCUACAUGAGGAUUCUGGUGAAAACUUUAGAGUGGGCCACAUUACGAAUUGAAAAAGGAGCCCCAAAGGAGUUGGUUCUUAAAAACUCAGCAUCUGUUGGUAUUAUCCAAAGAGAUGAAUCACCCAUGGAAAAAGGGCUCUCGGGUCUGCGAGGAAGGGACUUUGAGCUGUCCGAUGUAUUUUAUUUCUCCAAGAAAGGAUUGGAAGCCAUUGUGGAAGAUGAAGUGACCCAGAGAUUCUCCUCAGAGGAGCUAGUGUCAUGGAAUCUCCUCACAAGGACCAAUGUAAAUUUUCAGUACAUCAGUCUUCGACUCACCAUGGUGUGGGUGCUGGGCGUCAUAGUACGCUACUGUGUCCUACUACCUCUGAGGGUUAUGCUGGCUUUCAUUGGGAUCAGUUUGUUGGUGAUUGGAACUACACUGGUUGGGCAGCUGCCAGACAGCAGCCUCAAAAGCUGGCUGAGUGAACUGGUGCACCUGACCUGCUGCCGUAUCUGUGUGCGAGCUCUCUCUGGUACCAUUCAUUACCACAACAAGCAGUACAGACCCCAGAAGGGAGGCAUUUGUGUUGCCAACCAUACCUCCCCAAUAGAUGUUUUGAUCUUGACAGUGGAUGGAUGCUAUGCUAUGGUUGGCCAGGUUCAUGGUGGAUUGAUGGGAAUUAUUCAGAGAGCUAUGGUCAAGGCUUGUCCACAUGUCUGGUUUGAACGCUCAGAAAUGAAGGAUCGACACCUGGUUACUAAGAGACUAAAAGAACACAUUGCUGAUAAGAAAAAAUUACCCAUAUUAAUCUUUCCUGAAGGAACUUGCAUUAACAAUACCUCAGUCAUGAUGUUUAAAAAGGGAAGCUUUGAAAUUGGAGGAACCAUAUAUCCAGUUGCAAUUAAGUAUAACCCUCAGUUUGGUGAUGCAUUUUGGAACAGUAGCAAAUACAACAUGGUGAGCUACCUACUUCGAAUGAUGACCAGCUGGGCCAUCGUCUGUGAUGUGUGGUACUUGCCUCCUAUGACAAGAGAGGAAGGAGAAGAUGCAGUCCAGUUUGCUAACAGGGUUAAGUCUGCUAUUGCUGUACAAGGAGGACUGACUGAGCUGCCCUGGGAUGGUGGGUUGAAGAGAGCAAAAGUGAAGGACACUUUUAGGGAAGAGCAGCAGAAGAACUACAGCAAGAUGAUUGUUGGCAAUGGAUCUCUCAACUCUGAACUGGGCUGAUCACCACACUGGAGAUAAAGCUUCGCCUCCCAGAAUGAGCCUUUAGGGAUGGAAUGGUGUGGGGUUUUUUUUUGUGUGUGUGGGGCAUUGUAUUGUUAUAUUGUUUGGGUUUUUAUUGUUAAUCUUUUCUACAGGAUGAUUGUCUCUACCUCUUUAUGCCAGAGGCAGAACUCAGUGGUGCCCCUUUUGUUGUUAGAGCAUUAGCCUCCUGAGUGGUAAGGUAGUCGACUGAGUUUAACAGAUUCUGCCUUUUGCAAGAUGAUUAAGUCAUUGUUGAUUGAAUGAAGUAUUUAUAUGGGAAAAAGUGCUUUAAAAAUACUUUUGGAACUCUUUGUGUUUGGAAUCAUCGAUAAGGUAAUUCUCAAAGAAUACCCCAGACUCUUUUUUCAUGAUUAGCUUUCUCACACCCUUUCCUCCCACUUCCUCGGUUGCUUAAACAAUGGGAUGAGGUUUACAUUAUAGUUAUGUUCUCCUGCAGGACUAAAAAGAAAAAUGGAGAAAAAUGUUUAGGAGAAACAAUUUUGUUGCCAUCUAACUUGAAAUCUGAAAGGAAAUGUUAAUAUUUUUUACUGGUGUGUUAGAAGAGAAGUACCAUUUGGUGAGCUCUAUCAAAGAGAAGUGAGUCCAAGUUACUGUAUGAGAGCAUUUGUUUAUAUGUAGGCUAGUUGCUAAUAAAUACAUUUAGCCAGCAACUAGUGAUAAGGUUUUUCAUUUUCCUUGUUUGUGUGUUAAAGAUCUGUACCUACUGCUUCUGUAACCAAACACAUUUCAAAUGUGACGAGCCUUUUACAACAACAAAAAAAUCACAUUUUAGUGUUCUCGGUAGUAGUAUGAAUGAGUGAUGUGUGUGGCACUACUCCUCACCCUCCACUACAUUGUAGUUUAUUUAAGAAUUUUUCCAGUUUCUUAAAUAGAAAAGUAAGUGGUAAAAUUAUCUUUUGGAAACUGAGCCUUAAAUUUUUUAAAGGGGAAAAUGUUUCCCAACUCACAGCAUAAGCAAUGUUGAUAGCAAUAUAAUACCAUCUUAUACUCUGAGGGUAUUGUAUCUCUUCUGGUAACCAUGUACAGAAUGUAAAACUAUCUUACAGUGAAUAUAAAUAAAUUCUAUAUUUCUAAA